AUGGCUUCAGAUGAUGACAUUGACGACAGCUUUGCCGGUGAUGAUAACGAAGAAGCUGCUGCAGGCCCAUCUAAUGUAAAUUCAGAAUCAGAUGAAAAUCAAAGGGGAGAAGAUGAUGAUUACGAACCAGAAGAUGGGAGAAGAAGAAAAAAAGGGAAAAAAAGAAAAGCUCGCUCAGAAGGGAAAAAAGAUAAAAAAAGGAAAAAAAAGAAAAAGAAUGAUAGUGGAGAUGAUUCUGACAUUAAUUUAGAAGAUUCAGCUGGUGGAAAUGAUUCUGAUUAUGGUUCGUCUAAAAAGACAGGACGUAAAAGAGGUAGUAGCAAACAUUCUGUACCUGCUACACCGACUACCCCUUCUGAAGAAAGUUCUAAAAUGCCCAGUGUUGAAGAUGUUUGUUCUUCCUUUGGACUCACAGAUGUUCAAAUUAAAUACACAGAACAAGAUUUUCAAGAUUUGUCUUCUUACAAAUUGUUCCAGCAGCACAUUAGGCCUUUGUUGGCAAAAGAUAAUCCCAAGGUUCCAGUGUCAAAAUUAAUGAUGUUAGUAGCUGCAAAAUGGAGAGAGUUUUCAUGCAUGAAUCCUCAUAAUGAGGAACAUGAAAACGAUGAUAACCCAGAGCCAGAUUACAUUCCUAAACCAAAGAGAUCUCGUUCAUCUGCAAUAAAAAGCGAUAAUAUUGAAGACGAUGAUGACGAGGAGGAAAAGGGACGUAAAAAACGAGGAAGGAGUAAGAAAGGAACAAAAAAAAAUAGUAAAGUACCCACGUUAAAAAUAAAAUUAGGAAAGCGAAAAAGAGGAAGUUCGGAUGAAGAAGAAAAUGAGACUGAUAAAAAGUCUGAAGCGUCUGACCGUGAUUCGGAUGCUGAAUUUGAACAAAUGCUUCAAGAAGCAGAAGAAGCUUCUCCCGACAAUUCUAAAGAAAAGGAAGAUCAUGAAAAUACCGACGCACCAGUCGCUCCGCGAAAAGCCAAAACAAAAUUUGGUGUUAAAAAUAAAAGAAAACCUAAAAGAAAAAUGAACGAUAGUAAAAGUGGGGAGCAACAAGAACAUCAAGAUUAUUGUGAGGUUUGUCAACAAGGCGGAGAAAUUAUUUUAUGCGAUACUUGUCCUCGCGCAUACCAUUUAGUUUGCCUUGAUCCCGAAUUAGAAGAAACUCCUGAAGGUAAAUGGUCUUGUCCUCAUUGUGAAGCUGAGGGAACUCAAGAGCAAGAUGAUGAUGAGCACAACGAGUUUUGUCGUUUGUGCAAAGACGGAGGAGAACUUUUAUGUUGUGACUCUUGUACGUCAGCCUAUCACAUUUUCUGUUUGAAUCCUCCCUUGUCGGAAAUUCCCGACGGUGAUUGGAAAUGUCCCAGAUGUUCGGCCGAACCACUUCCUGGUAAAGUUUCUAAAAUAUUGACUUGGCGUUGGGCUGAUACUCCUUCGGCAGAAAAACCGCCUGAAGAAUCUACGACCACCAGUAAAAGAGCACCGAGACAACCUCGACGUUUGCGAGAAUAUUUUGUGAAAUGGGCUGAAAAAUCUUACUGGCAUUGUGCAUGGGUUUCUGAACUCCAGGCAAGUAUUUAUACGUUGGAUGUCGCACAUCCGUUGAUGCUCAGAAACUAUACUAGAAAAUUUGACAUGGAUGAACCUCCUAAAAUGGAUGAGGCAAUUGAUGAUAGCGAUUACAGAAUGAAAAAAAUUAAAGAGUUCGGAGCAAACGACAAUUUAUUGGAAGAAAAAUAUUAUAAAUUUGGUAUAAGACCGGAAUGGAUGAUCGUUCAUAGAAUUUUAAAUCAUCGAACAAUGCGAGACGGUCGAACUUUGUAUUUGGUCAAGUGGAGAGAUCUUUGUUACGACCAAGCCACAUGGGAAGAAGAAACCGAAGAAAUUCCAGGAUUGAAACAAGCCAUUGAAUAUUAUCUUGAUUUGAGAGCUACUUUUAAUACCGAUGGUAAAAAGGGCAAAAAGGGCAGAGGUAAAAAGCCAAAAACAAAAGAAUUGCAAGAUGAAGAUGAUUCUAGAAUGCCAAGGAGAUACACUCCCCCGCCAGAAAAACCUCUUACAAAUUUAUCGAAAAAAUUGGAUAAACAACCGGAUUAUAUCGAUGCAACCGGUAUGCAACUUCAUGAAUAUCAAAUGGAAGGAUUAAAUUGGUUAAGAUAUUCGUGGGGUCAAGGUAUCGAUACAAUUUUGGCCGACGAAAUGGGUCUUGGGAAAACCAUUCAAACCAUAACAUUCCUUUACUCUUUGUAUAAAGAAGGGCAUUGUAAAGGCCCAUUUUUGGUUUCUGCACCUUUGUCAACAAUUAUAAAUUGGGAACGAGAAUUCGAAACUUGGGCACCUGACUUUUAUUGCGUUACUUACGUCGGAGAUAAAGAUUCCAGAGCUGUAAUUAGGGAGAAUGAAUUGUCAUUCGAAGAAGGAGCCGUUAGAGGAAGUAGAGCUACUAAAAUAAAAGCUAGUAGUAUUAAGUUUAACGUGUUGCUAACUUCCUACGAAUUGGUGUCUAUCGACGCCGCAUGUUUGGGAUCCAUCGAUUGGGCAGUUUUGGUAGUAGAUGAAGCUCAUCGAUUAAAAAGCAAUCAGUCAAAAUUUUUCCGAGUUCUUGCGGGAUACAACAUUAGUUAUAAAUUGUUACUUACUGGUACUCCAUUGCAAAAUAAUCUAGAAGAAUUAUUUCAUUUAUUAAAUUUCAUGUGCAGAGAUAAAUUUAGCGAUUUAGCUGCUUUCCAAAAUGAGUUUGCCGAUAUUUCAAAAGAAGAACAAGUAACUAAAUUGCAUGAUCUCUUAGGACCGCAUAUGUUGCGAAGAUUGAAAACGGACGUUUUGAAGAACAUGCCGGCCAAAUCCGAAUUCAUUGUAAGAGUUGAACUUUCACCGAUGCAGAAAAAAUAUUAUAAAUGGAUUUUAACUAGAAAUUUUGAAGCUUUAAAUCCCAAGGGAGGUGGACAACAAGUUUCACUCCUCAACAUCAUGAUGGAUUUGAAAAAAUGUUGCAAUCAUCCUUAUUUGUUUUCUGCUGCUGCCGAAGAAGCUCCUCUGUCUGCAAACGGAACUUACGAGUUGCAAGGAUUGAUAAAAGCUUCCGGAAAACUAAUAUUAUUGUCCAAAAUGUUGAAAUUACUUAGAGAACAGGGUCACAGAGUUCUUAUAUUUUCACAAAUGACGAAAAUGUUAGAUUUGCUAGAAGAUUAUUUAGAAGGAGAAGGUUAUAAAUAUGAAAGAAUUGACGGUAGCAUAACGGGAAAUUUAAGACAGGAAGCCAUCGACAGGUUUAAUGCACCCGGAGCUCCACAAUUUGCUUUCCUUCUGUCCACAAGAGCAGGAGGACUCGGUAUCAAUUUAGCCACUGCCGAUACAGUAAUUAUUUACGAUUCAGAUUGGAAUCCGCACAAUGAUAUUCAAGCUUUUUCACGUGCUCACAGGAUUGGUCAGUCCAAUAAGGUUAUGAUUUACCGUUUCGUCACGAGAAACUCUGUGGAAGAAAGAGUGACGCAAGUUGCCAAAAGAAAAAUGAUGUUGACGCAUUUAGUCGUUAGACCCGGAAUGGGUGGUAAAAAUACCAAUUUCACCAAGCAAGAAUUAGAUGAUAUUUUACGUUUCGGUACGGAGGAAUUAUUUAAAGAAGAAGAAGGAAAGGAAGAGGAAGCUAUUCAUUACGAUGAUAAGGCUGUUGCCGAUUUGCUUGAUCGGUCCAAAGAAGGUUUAGAACAAAAGGAAUCUUGGGCUAACGAGUAUUUGUCCAGCUUUAAAGUCGCUAGUUAUGCUACCAAAGAGGGCGAAGAUGUACGUGAAGAAGAAGUUAAUACGGAAAUAAUUAAACAAGAAGCUGAAAAUACGGAUCCGGCUUAUUGGGUCAAGUUAUUAAGACAUCAUUAUGAACAACAGCAAGAAGACAUAGCAAGAACUUUAGGAAAGGGAAAAAGAGUUAGGAAGCAGGUUAAUUACAAUGAUGGUGGGGUCAUUGACACUCCUCAAGAUUCGACCUGGCAAGAAAAUCUAUCAGAUUACAAUUCAGAUUUUUCGACUCCGUCCGACGACGACAAGGAAGAUGAUGACUUUGACGAAAAGAACGAUGACCUUAACAGUCGUCGAAGUCGCCGAAAGCCAGAACGAAGAGAAGAGAGAGACCGACCUUUACCUCCUUUGUUAGCCAGAGUGGGUGGAAAUAUAGAGGUUUUGGGUUUUAAUGCGAGACAACGUAAAGCUUUCCUAAAUGCAAUCAUGCGUUACGGUAUGCCUCCUCAGGAUGCAUUUAAUUCUCAAUGGCUUGUCAGGGAUUUACGUGGAAAGUCGGAGAAAAACUUUAAAGCCUACGUGAGUCUAUUCAUGAGACAUUUAUGCGAGCCUGGUGCGGAUAAUGCUGAAGCUUUUGCCGAUGGCGUACCUAGAGAAGGUUUAAGUCGGCAACAUGUUUUGACCCGAAUCGGAGUUAUGUCUCUCAUUCGGAAAAAAGUACAGGAAUUUGAACACAUAAAUGGUUUUUAUAGUAUGCCGGAAGCUAUUAAAAAAACGCUUAUCGAACCGAAAAAGUCUGAAGAAGAAAAAAGCACUACGGCAACUCCGAAUUCAACCACGCCUGCCACUAGUGCAGCUCCUAGUCCUGCGCCAGAAACUACCGUGAAAGAGGAGAAAAAAGAAGAAGAGAAAGAAAAAAAAGAUGAAGAUAAUAAAAAUAAGGACGCGGAAAAACCUGCACCUGGUGAAAAGAAGUCGGAAGGUACGAAAACGGAUGAACAGGAAACUCCGGAGGUGAUAGAAAUUGACAAAUCAGAAAAGGUAUCUGAGAAAGAAAUCAAAAAAGAAAUCGAGGAAGAAAAUGUUAAAAAAAGCGAGGAAGAAGACAAGAAAGGAGAUGUGACGGCUGACGAAAGUACAACGGUUAAACAAGAAAAAGAAGAAAAGAAAGAAGUCAACGAAGAUGUAAAGGUUGAGAAGGCGGAUGAAAAAGGAAAAGUCGUAGAAAAGAAAGAAGAUGGCGAUAAUAAGAAUAACGUUAAAACGGAAGUAACGAAUUCGGGCGACAAUCCUUCGGAAGUCGUACAAGAACCUGAAGCUGAUAAGGAAAAGAAAGAUGAAAAAGAUAAGGAAAAGGAUAAAAAAGAAGAGAAAGAUAAAGAUAAGGAAAAGGAAAAAGACAAGGACAAAGAGAAGGAAAAAGAGAAAGAAAAGGAAAAGGAAAAGGAAAAGGAAAAGGAAAAGGAGAAAGAAAAAGAAGAGGAAGACAAAGAAAAAGAAAAAGCGAAAGCGAAACAGAGAUUUAUGUUUAACAUCGCCGACGGUGGUUUUACCGAACUUCACACACUUUGGCUUAACGAAGAAAAAGCUGCCGUACCUGGGAGAGAAUAUGAAAUUUGGCACAGACGUCAUGAUUAUUGGCUUCUCGCUGGUAUCGUCACUCACGGCUACGGUCGAUGGCAAGAUAUUCAAAACGACAUAAGAUUUGCUAUAAUUAACGAACCCUUCAAAAUGGACAUGGGCAAAGGAAACUUUUUAGAAAUUAAAAAUAAAUUUUUAGCGAGGCGCUUCAAGCUGUUGGAACAAGCUUUGGUAAUCGAAGAACAGCUUAGAAGAGCCGCAUACCUUAAUUUGACUCAAGAUCCCAAUCAUCCCGCGAUGUCUCUCAAUGCUCGUUUUGCCGAAGUCGAAUGCCUUGCUGAAUCUCACCAACAUUUAUCGAAAGAAAGUUUAGCCGGGAACAAACCCGCGAACGCAGUUUUGCACAAGGUUUUAAAUCAAUUGGAAGAAUUGCUGUCGGACAUGAAAUCGGACGUGUCGAGAUUACCGGCUACACUAGCUAGAAUUCCUCCCGUUGCUCAAAGGUUACAAAUGUCGGAAAGAUCCAUACUAUCGCGACUUGCCGCCACUACAAGCACGAACACAACUCUCACAAGGUCAAUGAGCAGUCCAUUUCCACACGGAUUUCAAGGUGGUCAACUUCCAGGCGCCUAUGGAAAUCCAAAUUUCACAAAUUUUAGGCCACAAUAUUCGGUUCCAGGACAACAGACAAAAUGA